UUCAGAAUUAAAAGCAGUGAAUACAAACCGAGGCGACCGAGGGCCAUGCCAGGGCCAGAUGGAUACAGAGAACUAUAUCCAUGCCAAAACUUUCCUGCGUCUAAAACUUACUGUCCCUCUAAACCUCCGCUUAAGGGUGAGAAAUUGCACAGAGCGACAGACUUUAUUUUGAGGAGAGAUGUCCAAGAGAAGGACCACCAACGCCAGGCCACCCAGCACUCCACAGCGGCACAAAACCCACGCCAAGUAAUUGCCACUCAUAGUCUGGUCGCUCCCCCAAAGAUAAAACCAAGCCCAAAACCUCGUCUUCUGAAGACGCAGAUUCAUGUUAAGCAAUCACAGCCUGUCCAUAAUUUCAUUAUGAAUUAUGUCGCACCUACAUCAGACCAAGCUUGUUCAGAUGGAAAGAAUAAUGAUACUCAUUUGGAAAACUGGCACAGUCGUCCAAAAACUACCUCACAUAAAUCAAAACGAGUCCCUCCGAGCAUACCUGUACCUGCCAGACCUCUUCCCAAAGAGCCAGAGCAAAUUAUCUCCAUGAUGGCACCAAAUAAUGAUAUUGAUGAGGGAGUUUAUAUGGAUGUAGACACAACACCAGUCCAGUCUGAAUGCUCCAGCUCACCAGUGCUGCCCCACAGACAAUCAGCUUCUGAGGUUUGUCCCAAUGGCAAACCCCUUCCACAUCCAUCUCUGUCAAAACCAAUUCCUGCUUUCAGGGUCCACAAUAAAACCAAAAUUGAGCACAAUGAAGUUGGAUUGCUCAGCAACCUUGUCAGGGAAAGUUUGGUUUCUGAGCUACACAAAAGAUUCUCAGGAGCAAUUAAAGAGAGAGAUUGUAGCACCAAAAAGCCCAAAGUAUUUAAGGCUAAAGGAGAUCACGCUCCCAAAAUGUUUAGUAACUCUCAGUUAGAAAUGUGUUCAUUGUGCUUUCACACCAAAAGACUGACCGAUGGAGAAAGACUACAUGAAAAUGUAUCCAUCUCAGGUGUUUCCAAUGGAGAGAGUCCAGAGGACGUUCCUUCUGUGAUAAAAUACCAAGAAACGGAUGGGGAGAAUCUCUCUAAGAACGUACUUGAAACUUCUCAAAGGACUCCAACAAUGCUGCCUCUUCCUGGUUUGGUGGACAAACUGAUCAAAAGCCCUUCUAAGAGAGGCUGCAACUGCAUGUGUGCUGAUACUAAGACAAAGUUAAUGGAGAACUUGUGGCAAGACCGAAACAUUGUAAGAGACAGUGGAAUACUACAUCGGCUCAGUAAGGAACGGCUAAAGCUUCAAGAGCAUCUGUAUGAGGUUGUUACAUCUGAGCAGUCCUAUCUUCAGGGCUUGACGGUGGCUGUGGAGCAUUUUCAAGAAUCUUCAGUGCUGAAAGACGCUUUGGCACCAAGAGACAGAAAGUCAUUGUUUUCUAGCAUUGCAAAGAUCAAAGAGAUCAGUCAAAGCUUCAUGGAUGCGAUGCUGUUGGAGCUGGCCUCAAGUGUGUUCUGCGACAUAAUCUGUGAUGUUGUACACCAAUAUGCUCUUGGACCCUUUGAUGCUUAUAUAAAUUACAUCCGUAAUAUGCCCUAUCAGGAGCAGACAUUACACAACCUUGGAAAAGAGAGUCCUCAGAUUGUGGAGAUCUUGCAUAAACUACAGGAAGACCCUCGAUGCAACCGCCUUCCCCUCAAAUCUUUCCUUUCACUGCCAUUUCAGAGAAUCACACGGCUUAAAAUCCUAAUGGAGAAUAUCCAGAAGAAGGCCGUUCCAGGGUCAGACUGUGAGGCCUCAGCAUUGAGAGCUCUGACGGAGAUCUGCAGGCUUUUAGAAGCUUGCAACUGGCAGGUGGGCAGAAUGAAACAGAUGGAAGAAAUAGUGCAGAUUGCUAACAAGAUUGAGUUUGCAUGCAAGGCCCUGGCUCUUGUGUCUUCCUCCCGCUGGCUUGUGAAGCAGGGAGAUCUGGUGCAAAUCUUGUUGAAGGAAAACAUGUUUGGCCAGAGAAAACUGUGUCCUGUACUUCUGUUCCUCUUUAAUGAUCUGCUGCUGGUGGCCACCAGGAAAGGGUUGGAUCGUUUUGUAGUUCAUGACUACGUGCACCGCUCUCUGAUAGAAGUGACCGAGGGCAAAGAUCUGGAGGAGGAGCUGGAGGGAUGUGAGCUGGACCGGAUAUUUAGGCUCGUCCUUUUGCAUAAUCACCGGAGCGCCACCUCUCAACUUCUACUGCAAACAAAUUCAGAAGCUGAGAAGGACUCGUGGAUGCAGCUCCUGGGUGGACGGCGAGAUGGACAGGAUACCGUGUAUGAAGAGUGGGACUGUCCUCAGGUGCGAUGUAUAGAGGUGUACAGUGGACAACAACAAGGGGAGCUUAGUCUACAGCUGGGAGAUAUGAUCAACGUCAUGCAGAAGACUUCAGAGGGGUUUCUGGAAGGCUGCAGGGUACAGGACGGACAGCGGGGCUGGUUCUCCGCUGCAUGUGUUGUAGAGAUCACCAAUGAACAUGUGCAGAGACGUCAUCUUCGUCAGCGGUAUCAUGUCCUACAGACAGCCACACGCCUGCUGAAACAACGCAGUGGGGGCCUUGAACUUCCAACCACAAAAUGCUUUAAAUAAGAGACUGUCUACACUGCAAUUUGCAUUUUUUCACUUACUGACUUAAAAUAAAUUAGUAAAUAAUUAUAUGUACAAUCUAUGUAUAAUUUAACUGAGCUACUGCCAGUUGGUCAGUUGGUCUUUUGGUCUUGGUUUAUAUAUAUUUUAUGUGUCUGGUUUUACAGAACAACUUCAAACAUCUCUGCAUGUGAUUUAAGAAACACUGAAACUACUUUCUAUGGUUUGCAACAAAUAAUGUGGUCAGUACUUAUUCUUGCUCCAGCUUGCAAAUGUGGAGUUGCUUUUUUUAUUUUUUUUUUAUUUUUUUAUGUAGCCUAAUGUACUGUGCAGGUCAUGCUUAUUCCCUUCUGUUAUUUUUCAUUCUGUUUAAAUAAAUGUUGUAAUAUAAUCCAUAUCCCUCUAUUCCAUUUUUGUCAGUUUUUGGUCAUUUGACACCUCAACUUUCCACACU